CAGAAAGAUUUACAGCACCAUGGAUCAGGUGGUAUGUCAGCUGAUCUGAACAGGAAGCGAUCCAAGUUCAGUGAGCGGUGGCAGUCAUAGCGUUAUUUCUCAAUAAGUAUUAUAGUUCUCACCCCAAGACACAUCAUACUAUCUGAGAAAAACAGAACUGCUACAAAUCCAUUCAUAAUGUUUGCCCCUGACGACGAGGAUGGAGAUUUUCUGUCACCUACUGGAGGGUGACGCAAAGCUGGCAUCACUUUUUGGACUGGACCAAGCAGCAAGUCAGGGGAAUGAAUCUUUUCAAUAUACAGCCCCUAAACAGCCCAGGAAGACCUCAAAUCCAGGUCCUCCUGCCCAGAAACCUGCUGUCCCUCCCGGUGCUCCUGCAGUACUAUUGGCUACAGCUAUCCAUGCUUUCAAAUAUCUUAACGGACAUUAUCAGAAACAAGGAAAGCUGGGAGCUGCAGUCCUGGGUAACCAAACAACAAAAGAGUACAAACUCUUGCUUUACAUCAGUCAGCAGAAACAAGUGACUGCGGCCAAGAUUCAUGUUGGCUUCAUCUUUACGGUUCAGCCCAACAACUACUGCACUUUUUAUGAUGACCAACGCCAGAACUGGUCCCUGAUGUUUGACACAGAGAAAGCUGCUGUAGACUUUUGUAAAGAGGUGUGUUUGGCAAAAGUGAACAGCGCCCCCUCCUUAGAUAUGGUGGUGGUGCAGGACCUGACACUAGGGGAGGGGCAGGGAGUUGAGAAUGGAGACUCCCUGGAGGUGACAUACACAGGCUGGCUCCUGCAGAACCAUGCCGUCGGUCAGGUGUUUGACUCCAACCUGAACAAAGACAAGCUGCUACGACUGAAACUUGGCGCUGGAAAAGUGAUUAAGGGCUGGGAGGAGGGCAUGGUGGGUAUGAGGAAGUCAGGCCGGCGUCUCAUGGUGAUCCCCCCCAGUCUGGGCUAUGGCUCCCAGGGAGUGGCCAACCGCAUCCCAGCAGACAGCACACUCAUCUUUGAGGCAGAGCUACGACGGGUGAAGUUGGCGAAAGACAGUGGGUCUGACCGUGCCAGUGCUGGGUCUCGGGACUCUGCUGCCUCUUCACCUGCCCCCAGUGUGGAGAACCCGGGUCUGGACCUCCCGGCAGGGCCAACUCUGCCCCGUGCUACAAGCCCCGGGAGACCAGGGGAACCACCACUUUGGGCAAAGUCGAAUUCCAUCAGUGAACAGUUGACAAAUCCAGAUGCCACCAAAGCCAAGCUGAUCUCUCGCAUGGCCAAGAUGGGCCAGCCCAUGUUGCCCUUCAUGGCAGGGCCCUCCUCCCAGCCAGACUCCAGUGACUCAGAAAUGGAGGACCCCAGAGUGAAGGAGCGUCCUCCUGCUCCCUCUCCUGUACACAGCUCCACUGCCCCCCAAGCUCCAGUGCAAGUGCUUUCUCACCCUCACGGGGCAUCGCCCUCUGCCUUGAUGCCUGUUGCUAUGACAACUGCUGCUCCGCAGCCUGUGAUGUCAGGUUCCGCCCAUGCCUUUCAGCCUUACGCCUACCCACAGUCCUCUAUGUCUCCCUCUCAACUUCAACCAAUGGGCCAGAUGUACCCCAGCCAGGCAGUACCAUACAUGGGAGGCACUGGCGAGGUCACUUCCUUCCUUAUGGCUGAAGCUCGGCAGCAUAACACUGAGAUCCGAUUUGCAGUUGGCAAAGUGGCAGAUAAAGUGGACCAGUUGGCUUCAAAGGUUGAUGACCUUCAGAGGCAAGGAGGCCACUCAUUGGCUGUGCCUAGUGUCACUAUGGAAACUGCCAUGAUUAUGCACAACAUCCAAAGAAUCAUUCAGGAAAAUGAAUCUUUAAAGAAGGACGUGUACGAGAAGAGCUCACGUAUAGAGGAGCAGAACCGCAAGAUCGGGGAGCUCAUCAACCAGAACCAGAGGUACAUGGAGCAGAGUAACCUGCAGAUGGAGCAGAGGAAUGACUCCCUAAAGUCCUCAAGUGAACACAACCAGGCCCGGGCGCUGCAGGCCGAGCAGGAUAAGGUACGUCUGACAGAGGAGCUGGCCACGUGCACAGCGCGGGUGUCCCAGCUGCAGCAGGAGGCCACGUCUCACCAGCAGAGGGCUGCAGAGCUGCAGAACAAACUGACCUCUGCCCUGCAGGACAGCGACACACACUGCACGCGCAUCUCCUCCUUAGAGACCCAACUGGAAGAGCUGAAGGAGACGGCAGAGAGAGGCCAGGCUCAGUACCGCACAGAGAAGCAGAAACGCAAAGGGAUGGAUCUCCGGGUGAACAACAUGGAGGAGGAGCUGCAGGACCUGAAGGCUGACAAAGAAAGUAUGGAACGAAUGGUGUCGGACAGGAAGAGGAAGUGGCAGGCAGAGAGGCAGCGGUGUGAUGAGGAGAUGGAGGAGCUGAGGAGAAGCAGCCAGCAGGACAUGGAAAUUCUGAGGACACAGCUCCGCAAGGCCAGGACCAGCACUGGCCAGGCAGCCUCAGAACAGCUAGCCCAACUGCAAGCAGAGCUGGAGGAGGAGUGGAAGGGGAAGUGUGAGCAGGCGUUGGCCUCGGCCAAGGAGCAGCAGGGGCGUGAGAUGGCCGAACUGGCAGAGCAAAGAGACACACUGGAGCAGAGACUGACCCAGCUACAGGAAAAGUUCUCAGCUCUGAAGCAGUCCAGGGACUCAGAGGAGCAGUGCUUGUUACAGCAGCAGGGACAGGACGAGGAGCAGCAGGUCCUACAAGAAAAGUAUUCAGGCCUGGAGGAGCAGUGGUCAGCUGUGAGACAGAAGCUGGAGGGGCGAGUGGCUGAGCUGGAAAGGAGGCUGGCAGAGCAAGGGGGCGACGCGGACAGUGCAGGACAGGACACUGCAGGGGAGGUGAAGCGUGUAAUGAAUGGAGUGUUUCACUCUCUGAGGGGGGAGUUUGACCUACAUGAGACUUACACAGGCAGCACUGUGCUCGGAGUAAUCGUCAACACCAUAAAGAGUGUUACCUUGCAACUGCUCAACGGUACUGAGAGAAGUUCAUCACAUCUGAGGGAAGAAGAAGAAGAGGUGGAGGACAGUGACGUGAGGCGUAGAGAGGAGAGACCAGCACAGGAUGCUCAUGUGAAUGGGAAGGAAGAAGAAGAGGAGGAGCAGAGGACAGAUCCUGAGCAGCUUAGUGAGUCCUCUGUGCAGAGGGAGGGAGACCCCAGAGAUGUGCAGGAGAGGGCUCGCCUUGAGGCAGUACCAGAGACGAAGAAACCAACUCGGGUGGAGCCAGAGGCAGACAUCGACACAGAUCCAGAGCACAAACCACUCUCAACCCAGCCACGACCACCAUCUCCCCAACCACAGGGAGAGAUCACCACCGAGCCUUCUGAACCCACUUGCAUAAACCCUGAGGAGAGUCUGCCCUCUGAGAUAGGACAGAAAACUCAGUCCGAAGGUGAUGUAAGUAGCCCGGAGGUGAAGAAAGUGAGUGUGACUAUUGAGGGUCCCCUGGGUGAACUGAAAAGAACUAGCUCCAAAGCCACAGGUCCUCAAACACAGCUUCCACCUCCACCAAGCCCUCUUUAUGAUAGUCCUGGGAAAGUAACAAGUCUGACUGAGGGAGUAGGAGAGGAAAAUGGGAAGGAGACAUUUUUCCUGAGCACAGCCCCAACCAAACCCCCACCCACUGAGGAGGAUGAUGAUGAGCUGAGCUUGAAGGGGCAACCUCCCCCAGCCCCUCUGUUUGGCGACGAAGAGGAUGAAGAUGAUGAUCUUGACUGGCUGGGAUGAGCAACAGCUGAAGUGAUGAAAGUCUUAUGAGUCCUAAAGUCCAGAUGGAGGGACUGGCCCUCUAGAGAUAUCAUUUCCACUGUCCUAAAAGGGGCUACAUGGAAGAGACAUGUGGUGAACUCAGUCUCUGUCUCAGAUAAGGCAACUCAAGUGAGUGAGAAGGACGUCCUGUCUGACUGCUCUGAACACUGUGGUUAGAGACCUGUGCUGUGUUGAGAUCUUUUGGUUGGACCUGACUGUUGCUGCCUGGAAACCACCUUUACUCAAUUAAGAAUGGAUUAAAGGUGGUUUCCACCAGAACAACCCCCCCCCAGUCAAUCAAAAUCAAUGAUCUCUAUCUGUUUAGUCCUGUAAUUUGUUGACUUCAUUAGGCCUUAAAUUAACAUAAUUUUGUUCUCUAGCUGAUUAUUUAGAUUUUUUUUCCCCCUGUCAUGUAUGAUUGUAUGUUUGUUUUCAAGGGUUUCAAGGCGGUCAUGUAUUAUGUGCUAAUGAUAAGAGAGCUUGCUUCUUCAAGAACUUCUAACUUUUACAAAUUUUUGCUAACUGAUAUUCAUUCAUAAAAUGCAUAGAAUACGUGGACAUCUGUUUCCUUUCCAACUUGACCUUUUCUUGUAUUUCGUUAAGAUAUUGCACUAGUGCGAUUUCUGGAUCAUUUUGGUGACGACAUCCAGAAUCAAACCAACAACUUGCUAAAUUGAAUACUGAUACUUGCAAUUAAAACAUUUAAAAACACAUUGACAAAAAAACUGGAUCAGAAUUUGGUGUUGAUAGCCAUUUACAUAACACCAUAUAAUCAAGAAAUAUGCCCAAAAUGAGUGUCAUGAGUAUGGAGAGCUGUCCAGGGCAUCCUCCGAGACAGGAUGGGGGUUGGUGUAAAAACAACUUUGACCAGCAGGUGGAGAAGAACUAGUCUCUCGCUGUUGCUUGGUAACACAAGUUCUGAAAGGUAGCUCUUGGGUAGCUAGCGUUCUUUCAAAAAACAAAGUUGUUUAGCUAGCUGCUACAUUGAUUUUUCUUAGCCUAUUCCAUUUACUUGUCUGGCUUGCCCUCCCAUGAGCUACGUAUGCGUUGCACUGGGAUGGUUUUUGCUAAAAAAAAUAUAUAUAUCCGCAGAGUUACUGUAGAAGUGGCUGGCCUAGAUAGCUACUGUAAGCUUCUCUGCAUGUUUUGAAGUUGUUUCCUUCCAAUGAAUGAGAAUUGGGAUUCGCCAAAAAAGUAAUCAGCUCUCUUCUGAUUUACAUAAUAGCACACUACUUAGAUUGAACCAAUGUAUUGGGAAUGCUAAUGUGUUAUGCUAGCAUGGACACUGGAAAUAGCUAGUGUGUAGCACAUGUACAGGACUAAAUGAUUGCACUCACUCAUUCUCUCAAGUGUAGUCCAUGGGCAGCCUUGCCAGUGAGGGUCUGGAUGAGGCCCACUGUUUCUGGGCCAUGUGUCCUCAUCCUUGCUGCUGGGAGUUGGAGCAGCACAUUGCCAAAUGCAUCCCACACCAUAUAAAGUCCAGAACAUCAGAUACAGAAGUUCCCCUGUAGAGGGUAGUCAGUCAUGUAUUCAAUUUCUCCCUAUCCCUCGCUCUCAAAGACACACACACACACAGCAGUGCCACAAAAUGCAUUGAGCAGGUUCAUAUAUGGGCCAUUAUGUCAAAGUUGAUUGAGAGUGCUGUUCUUUCUGUUAUCAGUGGAAAGGUUUCUAACCCUUAGUGUGGUUAAUUUAUCAUAGAGGAAUGAAGGCCGAAAGACCCCUAAAGUGAUGGUUGCUCUACAAGAUGAGAAUUUUGCCACAGAUGCCUCUCUAACUCUUUCCUCCAGCCAGUCACAAGCCCACCAGAGGGAGCACAACACAAGGUUGGAGAGGUGAGAGAGAACAGAACAGAUUUAUAGCCUAAUACAAUUCAAUAUAGUAAGUAUAUUGCCAUUGGCCAUCCAGUAUACUGCAACAGAAAACACCCCCCAAAAUGAUGAGUCAUACAUUUUAGUUGAAUAUGUUUAAAAGUUUGAAACAAUCGAUUCGAUUAAGGGUCUACACUGCAGCAAUUAGAACUCUCAUUCUUCUUUGCAGUGCAGAUCUCCACUUUCCAGGGUUCAACUCUGUUGACUAUAGUCCUAGUGACAAGCAACACAAGGGAGUAAAGGUUGGUCACAGUUACACUAGCAGAUGGUAAGCCUAAUGUCAGACGCAAGGCUUGUUCACUUUGUCUUACACCCUUUGUUGAAUACCAAAGUAGUAUUUUUUUUUUGUAGACUAUUCUUUUCCAUGGUGGGUAAUGUUGAUUGUAGUAGAGCUGAUGCUGUGUAAUGUCUGUGGAUGUUAUUGCAGCUCAGCUCGGCACAGCCCAGAUCAAUCAUUUGGCCAGCUGCUCCAGUGCAUCAUGCGGCUCUGGCUCCCUAUUGAUGUGGAUACCCAAUCCCCAACACAUCCUUCAGUGCCACGCCUAAAAUAGGUCACAUGAUUUAUUGUAUUUGAUGUGGAUUUUAUCUUUAAUUUUCGUCAUAUCAGUCACUUUGUAUCUUUUUUAUAUUAUAGCCCUAGACUUUAGAACAUUGUAUUGUUUGCUUACCACAACCUUUUUAGGCAUUAAACUUGGCAGAUAUGCAGA